AAGUGUUCCUAGAAGGGAGGAAAUAGAAAAAUAAUGAGCGAAAGAAAAAAAAUUUAAAGAAAUAAGAAAUAAAAAAAAAGGAGAAAUCUGACACCUUAGUAUCCAAAUUAACAAAUUUUUUUUAAAUGAUCAAAAAAGGGAAUGAGUAAAGGCAAUUUACCCAAAAAUAAAAAGGGUAGAAAGGUUUUUCUGACUGAAGUAUUGAUGUCCGAACCUAAUCUAAAACCUUAAACCCUUGGAAAAAUAUCAGUGUAACCGAUAGUGUACAGAUUCCUUCAUUUCCUCUCCGAUCUCCACAAAAUACUGGCCAAACCACCAAUAGCUUUAACUGCUAUAUCUCGCCAGACCCAGACAGAGAAAUGGGGUCUACCCUGGAAGCAAAGAGUUUGAGAAAGGCGGUGGUGCCACCAACGCUCCUAGAGAACCCAUCUCCUGGAAACCUCCAGUCAACUCGCCUUGCCCUCCAUGUGAAUGAGGAUUCCUCCUCUUGCUGGGUUUACAUUGCAUCCGGAUGCAACAUCUACAGACUUCAAAUUCCGCUGGAAGAUUCUUGGCUUAGCACAGGGAAAGAAGGCCUCCUUAUUCCGGAGACAAAAGAGGUUAUAGAAUCUUCGUUACUUAAACGGUGCCCUCAUCGUUCAGAAAUCCAAAGUAUUGUACUUACUGAAAUAGAAAGCACUGGUUACUUAGUAUUGGCAAGUGUGGAUGCUUAUGGUCAUCUUAUUGUCUCUAAACUGGAUGCCAGUGGUAAAGAUGUUGACAAGAUUACUUAUUCAGUGUUACCUCGGGAUUUUGGUGUUGGAGAAGGUAGUUGGUCUGGGGUUUGCUUCAGUCCAAUUCAAUGGUCCAUGGCAGCUGUGGCACGAAGCUUCUGCAAAAGUGUUGAUGUUUAUGACCAGGAUAUCCAUCUUCGGACUUUGCGUACACUUUGGUAUCCAUCUUCGCUAAGCUUCAUACGGAAUUUAGGUCAUGGGAAUGAGAGUUCUAUAUUAGCCGUAACUGAAGGCUGCCAGUUGUCUGUAUGGGACUUGAGAAUAAAAGAAAAUGGUGGUUGUCUAAAUCGUAUUUGUGGUUCUGCUGGAGAUAUCUUUUAUGCUGUCUGCAGUUCUUCAACUGGUAAUAUUGCAGUGGGUGGUGCUGAUCGAACUGUGACUAUCUAUGAUCCCCGCAGAUGGUCAGCAAUUUCAAGAUGGGUGCACUGUUCAAAAUAUGAGAUUACUGGACUUGCUUUCUCGUCUCUUGACCCUGAUUACAUCUUUGUUCAAGGGGUUGAUUAUGAGGUUUUCUGUGGGCAGUGGCAAGAAAGCAGUAAGGUAUUUUCAUUUAGAGGAGACUCAAAUUGGCUGGGAUUCAGUAAGUGCUCUAACAGGGAUAUACUUGGUGGAUGGUGUGAUUCGGGUAGCAUUUUUGUAGUUGAUGUUAUAGCUAAAGGAUAGUGAAAAGGCCACCUUGAAGUAAGUGUUGUUAAUGGAUUUUCCUAGUGGCUGUUCGUUGGCCUUCUAAUCCAGGAAUUCACAUUUAACUCCUAAACAUGUUUAAUCUAAGGCUUUCACUUA